AUGCCCCCCCCAGAGUCAGAUGCCCCCAGGUCAGAUACCCCAGAGUCAGAUACCCAGAGUCAGAUGCCCCAGAUGCCCAGAGUCAGAUACCCCUAUACCCCCAGGAGUCAGAUACCCCAUAGUCAGAUGAUACCCCAGAGUCAGAUACCCCAGAGUCAGAUACCUCAGAGUCAGAUGCCCCAGGGUCAGAUACCUCAGAGUCAGAUACCCCAGAAACCCCAGUGUCAGAUACCCCAGAGUCAGAUGCCCCAGAGUCAGAUACCCCAGAGUCAGAUAACCCAGAGUCAGAUACCUCAGAUGCCCCCAGAGUCAGAUACGUCAGAUACCCCAGAUGCCCCCAGAUCAGAGAUUCCCCAGAUACCCCAGAGUCAGAUGCCCCAGAGUCAGAUACUCCCAGAGUCAGAUUUAGAGAGUCAGAUACCCCAGAUACCCCCUCAGAGUCAGAUACCCAGAGUCAAGAUACCCCAGAGUCAGAUACCCCAGAGUCAGAUGCCCCCAGUCAGAUACCCAGAUACCCCAGAGUCAGAUGCCCCAGAGGUACCCCAGAGCCUCCCAGAGUCAGAUACCCCAGGGUCAGAUACCCUAGGUCAGAUACCCCAGAAACCCCAGUGUCAGAUACCCCAGAGAGUCAGAUACCCCCAGUGUCAGAUACCCCAGAGUCAGAUCCCAGAGUCAGAUACCCCAGAGUCAGAUAACCCAGAAUGCCCCAGAGUCAGAUACCCCAGGUCAGAUAACCCAGAUCAGAUACCUCAGAUGCAGAGUCAGAUACGUCAGAUCCCCCAGAUACCCCAGAGUCAGAUACCCCAGAGUCAGAUACCCCCAGGGCCAGAUGCCCCAGAGUCAGAUGCCCUAAGCAGUCAGAUACCCCAGGUCAGAUACCCCAGAGUCAGAUACCCCACAGUCAGAUUCCACAGAUACCCCAGAUUCAGAUGCCCCAGGUCAGAUGCCCCAGAGCCAGAUACCCCAGAGCCAGAUGCCCCCAGGCCAGCCCAGAGUCAGAUACCCCAGGAGCCCGAGAUGCCCCACAGGGUCAGAUGCCCCGGGAGUCAGAUCCCAGAUGCCCCCAGAGGUCAGAUGCCCCAGGUCCAGAUACCCCCAGAGUCAGAUAGCUUGGGGCCAGAUGCACCAGG